CCAGGAGAAAAAAUUUAGGGCUUGAGCUACCUAGCUAAACACUAUAAACCCUAAGUUCUCGAUCGGUAUGGGGAGAUGCAAUCGUCCUGGAAGCGCUGGAAUCACAAUGUGAGUCUUACAUUUUCCAGUAACAGCUCUUCAUUCUCUGUCCGCUUCUCGAGCUCACGAACGAGCUCUCUCGAAUUAUCUCCGAGAUCCAUCGCCGAGAUCCUUGCGGAGAUCAAAGCCUGUAGCCGAUCCCGGGAUUUGGAGAGAGGGAGGAGACUUCAUGCCCGAUUAUCUGGAGGAGGCCGAGGAUUCGAGACGAACGCCUUCGUGGCGAACAGUUUGGUGGACAUGUAUGCAAAGUGUGGAAGCCUGGUGGACGCUAGAAAGGUUUUCGCGGGGAUGGGAUUACACAAGACAGUGGUGUCGUGGAACGCACUGAUACAGGGAUAUGUGGAGAAUGGCCAAGCAGAGAUGGCCUUGAAGGUCUUCUCGGCCAUGCAAGAACAAGGAUACUCUCCAAAUCCUCGAACUUUUGGUGCUGCUAUGAAGGCCUGCUCCAUCCUCGCGGCAAAAGAAUCGAUCACACAAGUACUAGACCGUGGAAAGGAGCAAGACAACAACGAUGAAGAAGAAGUAGAAGCUUUUGGUGUGAAGCUGGAGUCUCUGAGCAAAGGAAUGGAGAUUCACUCCCAGGCAGCGGGAUUGAAAGGGUGUUUGGAGGACAUCUUCGUUGCAAACACACUGGUGGACGUGUAUUCCAAGUGUGGCAGCAUGAGUGAUGCUCGGCGAGUAUUCGACCGGAUGGAGUGCCACGACGUUGUCUCGUGGAACUCGCUGCUGCUCGGAUAUGGCGAGAACGGGCAGGGGGAGCUGGGGCUCGAGCUCUACGUAGCCAUGAAAGAUCAAGGCGACGAAGAUGGCAAGCCGGUAGCCGGAGAGCUCGUCAAGCUGAAGUCUCUGGAGCGAGCACCCUGGUCGAUGUCUAUGCAAAGUGUGGGAGCUUGAGGGACGCUCGGGCC